AUGUUGAUGGAUACGGACGAAAGGAAGAUCGUGUGCAACGAGCGCCCAUCCCACAUCAUUUGUUUGUUCUCAACUCACGCCUCGCCACCAUUAACCAUUAUCUCUAAAGCUAUCCAUAUCACAACCUCUUCAUACCCUCAUCUCAUAAACAUCAACGACAGCAGAAUAAGACACCUCACGGAGAUGACAACUACGAAUCCGACUUACUUCUCGAACCACUCUCAACGCUUCACGCCCCUGCAGACCAAUAGUUCUUCUCCUGGCAAUGCGACAGGACAGGAACACAAGACAGAAAUUGCUAAAUCAUCUCACUUUUCUAAUAAGAUCCUACACCUACCGUUGCUCUAUAUUCGUACAAGACUGACUCUCAAUGAUGUUGACAUAGCUGGGUGUUCUGGUUCCAACACCGUGCACCAGGCAGCAAGACCUCCAAUUACGAAUCAGGAAUCAAAUACGUCUCUUCCUUUUCUUCCAUCGAGUCCUUUUGUCAAGCGGCCAGUAUGGGAAGACCCAGUGAACGAACGAGGUGGAAAAUGGAUCAUAAGGCUAAAAAAGGGCGUGGUCGAUAGAAUUUGGGAACAGAUCGUAUUGGCUGUCAUCGGAGACCAGUUUAUGCCCGAGAAGGGUACCGGCGCAAAGAAUGAAUACGGGGUGGAAGACAAUUGGGCACCCGAUGAAAUUUGUGGAUGUACCGUCAGCGUAAGGAGCAAUGAAGACAUACUGGCAAUUUGGCAUAAGACUGGGAACGAUGAGAAUAUCAGACUGAGAAUUCGGUAA